AUGAUAUGGGAUCUUCUGUCUCUCCAUCAGAUUACUAAGAGGACCAUAAGUACUGCUUUACACAGGCAGUUUGAAAAUAAGUUUCCAGUAAAACAAAAGCUGUUUCAGGAGGAUGAUGGAAUUCCAGUGCAUCUGAAGGGUAGGAUAGCUGAUGCCCUCCUGUAUAGAGCCACCGUGAUUCUUACAGUUGGUGGGACAGCAUAUGCCAUAUAUCAGCUGGCUGUGGCUUCAUUUCCCAAUAAGCAGGAUUGA